GCGUUUUCCUGCACGCGAGGUCCAGGCCAGGCCUGGGCGCCAGUCGGAUGAGAGGGAAAGCCGUGCUCGACAGGAGCGACGGGUUCGUGGCUACGGCUGCGGUGCUUCCCCCGUCAUUCUCCGAAGGCGCAAGGAUGAGGUAGCCAAGGUGGUUGGGUCGGACGGGCGAAUUCGUCUUCGUGGUGUUGCGUCUGUUAGCGAUGUGACGCGGUACUGCAAGGACAUUGAUCCCUACAGCCGAAAGAACUGGGCAGUGCGAGAGGCCUUUAAAUCCAUGCGGACGGAAGAACAGAAGCGAAUGGCCACGCAGACUUGGAGUGCCCUGAAAAACUGGCGCUCCUCGGAGAAGCCGCUCGAAGAGUUGGCGACUGAGCUUUUCGGAACUUGGGCGAUCUCUAUGCCGCCUGCGCUCUGGCGCCUCUGCCUUCAACGCAUUGCCCGAGGUGGUAUGCUGAGGUGCGCUGCAGGCGCUGCAGCUUAUACGCCAUUCAUGGUGACCGUCGAGGGCAGGAUAGGGCAAGGUGAUCGGGCGGAGGUGGACCUGCAGUGCGGCAUUGUGUGGCCGCUGACCUCCCUUUGCCCAGUCAUGUAUGAGGAGGAGGUUCAGCUGGAAGCGGUGACUGACUUAGGACGGCGAAGAGUGUUCCUGCUUGUACUGGAGUCUCGUGGACGAUGCGAAGCUGCUCAAGGCCGAGCGCCUCCUGGCGCUCCACGACGGCAUCCUGGAUUGUGCCAAACUGGUGGCCGCGCGGAUGGCGCGACGGUGCAACUGCUCCAGGGCGUUUUAUCUCACGGAGUAUAUCGGGCUGCAGAACUUGAUACUGAACUUGAUGCCCAGUGCAGAGUACCGUGUCGCCGUUUGGAGGAUAUCAUCGUCCGAUUGGGGCAGCUCAUAUGCCGUUGGGCCAUCAGUCAGGAGCCACCCUAUGCGCUGCACAUCGGUGUGCACAGUGGCAUUGUUCGGAAGCUAGUUCUCCGAAACGGCGGAGAGGCCGUCUACGGUGAGGCCGUCUCGGAGGCCAAGCGUUUAGCGGAUUUGGCUCCACAGGACUCGUGCGUCCAGAUCCUCAAGUCGACGAAGGACAAGCUGAAUGUCUUGGAACGCUUACCGUUUACUUGCUCAAGAGUGAAUGACUGCUACUAUUUGGAGCCUUCUGCAGAACUCCCAGAAGAGGCUCCGCCUUCUGCGGGCUACGAG